CACAUACGUCUUUACUUGCACCUCACAUUCCAAUUAGCCUCAUCGUGCACACGUCUCGUCAUGGAACUCAAGGACUUGGCCCCUCUACUGCUCAAGAAGGAACGCGCCAACGGUGACAUCAACUCCGUUGUGCUCACCGACGUCCUUCGCGAUGGCAAGGCCGCCAAUAACCGCCGCAAAGAGCUCGUGGCCAUGAUCGAGCACCACCCUGUACUCUCAGACCGGGACAUGAUGUUCCGCAACCACACGGAGCGCUACACGUACGGGCUGAAGAAGGCCUCGCAUUUUGUGCAAUUCCUAAAAGACCAGAAAAUUACCGACGGACAAGAGCAAAAGAUUAUGUACGGGGCUCUGGGGGAACCUCUGUGCAUUGAUGUGCACGACAGCAUGUUCAUCCCGACUCUGGAGAACCAAGGAACCGACGAGCAACGCGCCAAGUGGCUGCCACUUGCCAAGAACUACAAGAUCUUCGGUGCGUAUGCGCAAACAGAGCUUGGUCACGGGUCCAAUGUGCAGGGCAUCGAGACUGUCGCUACGUACGACAAGGCCACUCAAGAGUUCAUUAUCGACUCGCCCACACUGACCAGUCGUAAGUGGUGGCCCGGAGGUCUGGGCAAGACAGCCAACCAUGCCAUCGUGCAUGCGAGAUUGUACUUGGACGGCAAGGACGUGGGUGUACAGGCGUUCCUGGUGCAGAUCCGGUCGAUGGAGGAUCAUCAACCAUUGCCGGGUAUUGAGGUGGGAGAUAUCGGUCCGAAGGUCGGAUUUAACGCCAUUGAUAAUGGCUACUGUGCAUUCCAUAAGAUCCGUAUCCCACGCGAGAACAUGAUGAUGAGGUAUGCCAAGGUGUUACCGGAUGGGACUUUUGUCAAACCAAAAAGUGACAAACUGGUAUACUUGACAAUGGUACAUGUUCGUGCCAGCUUGGUGGAGAACUUUGCGUUGACAAUGGCAAAGGCCACUGCUAUCACGACGAGAUUCAGCGCUGCACGUAUCCAAGGACGCACUCCAGAUAACAAGGGCGAGUUCCAAGUGCUGGACUACCAGAACCAGCAGUACAAACUCUUCCCGUUCAUUGCGAUCGCAUAUGCUGCUAAGUUCGCUGCUCGUGAUAUGAUGGCACGUCACGAUGCAGCUGUGGAGAUUGUCAAGAGUGGCGACGCUGGCUUUGGUGCUAAAUUGGCUACACUCCACGCUGUUUCUUCGGGGCUCAAGGCUUGGCUUGCCGAGAAGGUGAGCGACGGCGUUGAGUCCUGUCGCCGACUGUGUGGAGGCCACGGCUUUACGCAAUCUGGCAAUCUGGCUCAUAUUUUCAACGAGAUCGUUGGAGCCAACACGUUCGAGGGCACUUUCGACGUGCUAGUGCAGCAGCAUGCACGAUAUCUUCUGAAGGUAUUAGCUGCAGUCGAAUCACUGGACGAGAACGAACCAGCUACUCGAUUCCUUGCCAAGAUCAAGACCUAUUCCAAUUCGAAGUUACGGUUCUCAGGACAAACCUCUCAGGACUUCAAUGACCUCAACCUGCUAGUUGAAGCUUUCGAGGUGCGUGCUACGCGUAUUUUACUGCGGUUGGCUCGUCAGAUGAAGGCUACCAAGAACAACGGCAACGCAUGUAUGGUGCUGAUGUCGCGUGUAUCGAACGCCCAUGCGGAACUUAUGCUGCUUGAAGCUCUAGUGAACGGCGUUAGCAUGAUUCCUGCUGGUCCUGAACACCAAUCGAUGGCUCAAUUGUGCUCGCUGUUUGGUGUGUGGCUAAUCACCAAGUCGCUUGGAGAUUUCCGCCAACAUGACUACUUUUCCUCCCAGCAGGUCGAUCUUGUUCGAGAGCAGAUCGUGCGUCUGCUGCCGGUUGUCCGCAAGAACUGCGUGCUGCUCACGGAUGCCUGGGACUUCAGCGACUUUGAGCUGGGUUCGACUAUUGGCCGCUAUGACGGCGACAUUUAUCGUGCGUUGGUGAAGCGCGCUGCUGACGAGCCGCUGAACAAGACAGAGGUUCCAGAAGGAUACGAAAAGUACUUGAAACCUCUGAUCCAGUCUGAUCUGUAAUGCCAGAGAUGGCAAGGAGAGUACUCAUAACAGUGUUUUGUGCUACUACUGCUAUCAAUAACACUAAGUGCCUAUGCGUUGCAAGUUACUGUAGUAGUAGUAAUCUUUUGUGUAGCAUUGAAGUGAGGAUUAUAUCAUAAUAGUGCUUGCGUACAAAUGUACUACAGCUACAACAACUACAAAUCACAACUACGUAAAAGUAACUCCUAUAUGUACUACUACUAUGAUAUCAGGC